CCGAAAUGGAGUUAAACCGUGUCUUUGAGAAAGUUACUCAAUUUAAGCUAAGCGGUAUUCAUAAUCGAAUUUCUUGAAUUUAUUUGAUUGCUGUUACAUCUAAAUGACACUUCCUUAAAUUUCAAAAUGGAAGUACCUUUUUAAAUUACCAUAGCCUUUACCCAUAGCUAGAUAAUAGAUAUACCCGAGCCACUGUCUCACUCUCAUUCAAGUAGGUAUACUACAAAAAUACUAAGCCUGCCAGUGCCCACCUUUAUUCAGCAGUUGGGUAUUUAAGUUCGCCAUCAUUAGGGACUGCACAUAUCAUCACAACGUGUUAUUUAAUAACAAUACCGCCUGGGCAGCGGGCACCCCCACCUCAGACAUUGCCCAGGUACCUUAUCGUUAUCUAUUCUAUACCAUAAAUACCCGCAGAAUUGUAAAUAUAGUUCAAUUUUAAAAGAAUCCGGGACCCUGUGCAAGUGCACAUGCAGUAAAUAUAAUCAGUGUCGCUAAAAUCAAAUAAGUGAUUAUUAAAAGUUAGUGUAACAUUUUGAGAUGAAUCAAAAUAUAAGUGACGCUGAGAUCUCAAGUUGCCAUGAGAUAGAAGAAAUGCGCAGAGAGGCAGAAAGAUUGGCCGUGGAGGCGCUGAGACGCAACAUGAACGACAUCAUACGCGCAGCUAUAGAAGAAGAUGAUGAAAUAGUCGGGGAGAGAGACAUAUUGGCCAUAGAGCUUGAAAACGAGCUUCGGUCCGAGAGCAGGUACAGCGAGCUGCUGAACGAGGCGCAACAGACCUCCCGCGACCAGCUGCAGGAAAUGCUGGAGUUACAGACCCAAUUAACAAAUGCUAACGUGGACACCGUGAACCUGCUCACGUCGCUGCAGGAGCUUCGCGAACAAAACCACGCCACUCUCAGAGCCGAUCCUAUCUACGCUCUGGUUCAAGAGGAACGCGAAUUGCAACAGAAGUUGGACGAUAUGGGUAUUUACGUGUACCCGCCGACCGGCUCAGAAUAUUACCAAUGACUCUAGCUCAGCUCUGGCUACGUUUGAAGGUUCCAAGAUAAAUAUAUACCUAAGACAAUUAUUGACAUUAUUAUCGUGUACCUAGACUGUAAAAAUAUUAAUAUAACUACCUCCCUCUAGCUGCCAGGUGGCCUAUUAAGAAGGUAUCAUUAUAUUGUAUUUGAAAUCUUUAUUUCAACAAAUCGAAAUUAGGUACAUUUAGUGUUGGCAAGUUUUUAAUUGUAGACGAAGGCGUGCCACUUCUAAUAAAACGGUAGUUGAUCGCGUUUGUAGGAGUUAAAUGGUGUAAAGUGAUUAUUUGUAAAUAAAUAAGUAGUAAUUUUA